UCUUAAUCAAACUAUUGGAUUUAGUGAAAAUUUGGUAUUAAUUUUUUUAAAUCUAGUCGAGUAUGAUCUCGUUUAUUUAAUAACAAUAAUAUCUUAUAUACAAACCGCCUCUCAGCUUAUUGACUUUUAAGAAUAUUUUUCGUUUAAGCGCUGAUUCAAGUCCUCAUGCAGCAUAUUUUACGUAGAGGUCCUCUCUAUCUAUGAACUUUGCUUGUAAUGGGAAUUAUUUUGCGAAAGGAAUUCUAAAUGUUUGAGUGACCUUUUUGGGGUAAAAGAAAUAAAUGCGAAGCUCAGACGCAGGCCAGACAAAUUUCCAGAGUAUAGGGGAUGAAGAUUCUAUUAAUUUUCAGCCAUCACCGAAUUUCAAACAUAUGAAAAAAUACUUAAAAUGCAAGUUUGGGGAGGAGAGUCACUCGCCCCAAUAUCAUGCAGUAACAGAAUUCCCGGAAGCAGAAGCUAUGGAAAAGAAGGGAAAUGAGCAGACCGAGAAGGUUGACCCACCUUUACCUAACCGUCCACCGCUGCCGCCGCCGGAUCCACUCCUUGCAAAUUUAAAAAAGGAAAUCGUUAAUGAAGAAUACAUAGACACAUCUUCAAUAACCAUAAAUAUCAAAACAGAUCCAACCGAGAACGAUGGAAAGCCUAAUGACGUCGAAGAGACUAUGUGUCGUAAUUUUGUGCGUAACACUUGCAAUCGUGGUGCGUCAUGUAGAUAUCUCCACAAAAUAAUACAUUCCCAACUUAAAGGAGUUUACAGAUUCUGUAUUGAUUUUGAAAAUAAAAAGUGCACACGUGCAGAAUGUUCAUAUGCUCACGCCACAGUGCACGAGAAAGAACAUUUCUUCAGAACGGGCUAUUUACCACCAAAUACAUUGAGCCAUAUUAAGAAAAAAACAGUCCUACCUCAAGCUAAAACCAAAGCGACGACACCAAACAUGUCGGCGCCUUAUAGUGCUGAUCAAACAUUUCCACUGGGUAUUAAUACUGUUCCCGCCUACCCAAAUACAUCCAAUAUGAAGAUGAUCCAAAAUCCAUAUCCCGGUAUGAUCUCACCUACGACGAGGCAGUGGCUAGGAAUGGAGGAGAAAACAUCAGAGCUGUCGGCGAACUAUAGCGGCACUACGUACCCCCAUAGUGCUAGCACCAUCCCGAUGUAUACAAACACGCCGAAUGUGAACGUGAUGCAAAACCCAUACGCCAGGCAAUGGCCAGAAACUGAAGACAAAUCGCCGACCGUGAUGCACAAUCCAUACGCCACUGUGAUGUCUCCUACGAAGAGGCCGUGGACAGAAAUGGAAGAGCCCAUGAUACAACCCACACGCGAGUACGCAGAGUACGCUGAAGCGACUGAAUCUAAGAAAUGCAGAAACUGUGAUGUCAACGAGUUCAGGUUGCAGCAUAAUAAAAACAAAAUCAUAAAAAUGAUGGAAGACGCGGAUGAUCUGAACAAGCGUGUCGGGCAAAUAACUAAGAAGAACAAUAAACUAAACGAAGUUCUUGUUCUGCUCAUCGAAGCUGUGGCUGAACACUGCAACCCAGAGGCUAGCGAUGAAAUGAGUUUCGAGCAUAAUGCAGCACAAAUUAUGAAGAAUGUAAUGGCUGCAGAACGCGGAGAGUCUAGUAUGUCACCGGAAGACAUGUUCUAUGAUUAACUUGUCAGAAGUUACAAAUUAUUAUUGCAAUUUGCAAUUAUUAUGACUGUUAAAAUAACAUCCAUUUACCAAACGCGUAAGACCACAACAAGGUGGAUUUUUUUUUUUUUUUUGUAUAAGUUUUUUUUUACAAAUACAAUUUUAUUAUUUUACUGUCGUUUUAUUAUCUUAUAAACUGACUAUGUGUUAUCAAAAGUAAUCAUGUUUUCAGUAUUGGUUAUUGAAUAAAAUAUUUCACCUA